AUGGUCCGUGAUCAUUCCACGAAGCCUAAGAGCAGCGGCUCGAAGGCACGAACUGAAGAACCUCGUGUCGAAGAGGUUAGUGACGACGCUAACGGUCGCUCCGCUCACGACACGACUAAGUCUGAAGCCGAGGAUGAACUGACCACUCCUACUCUCGAAACCGCGAGAAAGGUGACCACUGCCGCGGUCGACAAGGGCAAGCAGAGAGAUGACCGCCGCGGUUCAUUCUUCAUCUCACACGAACGCAGCUUUCGCGAAUUCACGAACCCUGAAGACCUUCGGACAUACCUCCAGGAAGAUCCUGAACACUUUUAUCGUCUGAUCAACGAUCAGGCUGAAGUCACUAAUCGACACACUACUGAUCAAGAGGCUCUCUCGGAGAUCCGCGAACAGAGGAACUCCGCCGGAGCCAGCAGCCUGAAGAAAGAAUCCCUCAUCGACUCCGUCGCGCUCGAGAAGCGCCUCAGCCACACGUGCGCUCUUGCUCUCGCUCUCGUUCACUGCAUCGAUCACUCCAUCGAUCACACCGUUGCUCCCGCUCUCGAUCCCGCUAUCGCUCACGCUCGCGGGGUAAGUCUUCGAAAACCUACAAGCUUGCUGAUCCCCCCUGUCUUUUCUGAUGGAACUGGUGAUAUGAAGUUCCGAAGCUGGCGUACCGCGAUGGAGGGUAAGCUGCGAGCUGACAAGGAUCACUUUCCGACCGUGGAGCUCCGUAAGGCGUACGUUGUGCGCCACCUGAGCGGCGCCGCGUAUGACCAAGUUGUUUCAGGGCUGAGCAUCUUUGACGACGACGAUGACAACGAUAGAGACAAUCCCUCCUUCGACGACGGAGACGACAUCUUGGAUUACCUGGAGAACAUCUACGGAGACCCUGUUCGCCAAGAGAGAGCCGAGCACGAGCUUGAACAACUGAAGAUGAAGCCUACGGACAAAUUUGCUAUCUUCCUUGCUGAUUUCACUCGUCUGGCCAAUGAUGCGCAGAUCCCUAACCACAAGCGAGUGCGACUGCUCCAGCGGAAGGUGAACGCAAAGCUACAGCACAAGCUUAUUGGGAAGGCCACUAAAGCAGGCGUCACCUUCAGUGAAUAUGUUGACAAGGCUCACCGCACUGCUGCUCUUCUGGAUAUAAUGGAUGCUGAUGAACAAGCUCGAAAGUCUCUCAACCCGAAACCGAACGCCAACACCAACGCUAAUCAAUUAUUGUCUCGAAACUAA